AUGGGAAAAAACAAAUGCGAUUUUGAUCGUAUGAAAAGGCUAGAUCCAAGAUUUGCUAAGAGAUAUGAAAAAAUACGAAAGAAAUUCGAAAAUGGAUCUUUAUUAUCAAACAUUAUCUGUGGACCUUUUUUUACCGGUCUUUAUGCUUUAGGAUUGUAUCCCCGAGUAUUCUUUAACCACUGGAUAAACAAUAAUCCUCUUCACCCAUCAUUAACAAUCUAUCAAGAAACUGCAAUCCGCACUUUGAAACGGGCAUUUGAUUCACCAUUAACUUCUAUUCGAAAAAAUGUAUCGCUUUUCGAGUUGUUUAUAAAAACAUUUAAAUGCACUGAACCAAUAACUUCAUUAAUUGACGAUAUCGAUACUGAUUUUAACGGAUAUUGGUUAGGUUCUGAGACUUGGAGAGGUCAACCUCCAGAAGCUAUUUUAUUAUACGUUCAUGGUGGUCCAUACAUAUCAGCUACUUCAUUAUCUGGUAUCCAAUCUUUAUGCUUUUUAUUACAAACUUUAAGAACAAAGUAUAAUAAACAUGUUAGAGUAUUAGCUAUUGACUAUGAACUAGCACCCGAAGAGCCGUUCCCCGUUGGAUUAAAUUAUUUGGAACGUGCUUAUCGAUGGUUGGUUUCUAGUGAUAGACCCGGUAGCCAAAAAGUCCUCUUAUGUGGGGAUUCGAUAGGUGCGGUAAUGGUUUUAGGACUUUUACAUCGUAUAUAUACAGAUAACAGCAAGACUGUCGAUUCAAUUAACCCUAUGGGCGCAAUACUAAUUUCUCCUUGGGUAGAACUAUCAUGUGACUCUUUUUCAUAUUUCACAAAUGCAAGAUAUGAUUAUCUAUCAAAUUGUUUGUUGCGAUUCGCUUCAGAAUAUUAUGUAUUUGGUAAAAGAGGUGAUCCAAGUAUUAACUUUAACCGUCAUUCCAAAAAUGUCAAUGUGACCCAUGAUAAAGAUAUUUUUUCUUGGUUAAAUGAUGUUGAAGAUACUUUUGAUCUUACUGAUAUAAAGGAUGGAGAUGAAAGUAAUUUGAAAAGUGUUGAUACUGAAACUGAAAUUACUUCGAGAGAAGAUACUGAAACUACCGAUACUAAGACUAAUGAAAAAGUAGAAAGAUCCGAGGAUGAGAAAAGUUCACUUAUACUAGAUUCACAUAAUGACCAAACGUUAAAUCACGACGAUAGUGCAGAUAAUGACAUUAAUGACACGAAAACUGAUUCAGGAUCGCGUAUUGAUAGCAUUCUUGAAGCGUAUAAUAAAAUCGACUCUAGAUCUACUUCUGAUAUUUCAGAUAAUGAUCCAAAAUUGCUUUUUGAUAGUAUUCUUAAUGCUUACGAUAAAAACCCUAGUAUGAUUAACACGAACAGAAGAAAUAAUCAUGCUGACGCUCGCAGCAGAACCGAAUCAUUACUGAGUUCACGGCCUCCUUCGAUUCUUCGUAGUAAUACUCUUCGUAGUAGUAAUGGUGGUGAAAGAAGAAAGAGCAGAAAUUCCGUUAGGUUUUCUGAUGUUAUUGAAAUUCAUACACCAUCUGAAUUUGGUCAAAAACCGCAAAUAACACUUGAAAGUUUGUCACGCAAUAACUCGGGAAAUUCCCGCAAAUCAAAAAAAUCCUUGAAGAGAUUAAAAAAGAAAAGGAAUUCGAUUAAUAGGGCACAGUCCGAGGACCCGUUUAGGAAUCCAUUUGUUUCACCAUUACAUACACCUCAUCAUAUUCUUGCUAAAUAUCCACCUCUUUUUAUCUCUUAUGGAGGAAAGGAAGUGCUCAGAGAUGAUAUUGAAAUGUUCUGUCAAAAAUGUAUUAAAAGUAAGAAAUAUCACUCUCUUGGAUCUGAAAGUGGUGAAAAUGAGUCAAAUGAUUGGAUAUUUACCGAGAUAGAAGCAAAGGACGGAUUACAUCCUGAUGUCAUUAUUGAGACGGAUGAGGAUAUGGUUCAUAAUUAUCCAAUCCUUCUAGGAACUUUUGGCGAACACUCACGUAAUGCUUUAACACGUAUGGCAGCUUUCAUUAAUGAUCUACUUCCAAAAAAUGCACCAGAGGUUUGCCUUGUCCCGCAUUAUAAUCAAAGAAUAACUCAAAAUAGCUUGGAUACCUAUCAAUUUACUGAAUAUUCAUCAGUUAUCGAUAAUGAUUCUGUAUAUGAAACAUCCACUAUAAGCUCUAUAUUUAUCACAUCGUCAAAUUCUGUUUUAAUUCCUAAAUCCAUGAAUGUACCACCGCUGCAACCUCUUGUCAAUUUACCUAAUUCAAACUCUCCAAUCUCACUACCAAAACCUCUUACAAGCUUACACAAAUCAUCUAAAUCAAUUUCUAAUGAUACUUUUACUACUUUCCAUGAUAAACCUCUCCUAUUGAGUUCCUCGAAACUUCUCCCCAAAAUUCUCGGAAGAGAGUCGAUGUCUUCAUUCUCAACUGGUACUUAUAUUAGUGAUGCAUCAACAAAAUCUAGCAGCAAUGCUUCUGCUCUAAAUUUAGGUAGUGAUGUAUUCGCGAAUUCGAGACAACUACCUAUAAAACGACUAUCUACAAAACAACCUACAAAACAACUUCAUCCUAUUAUUCCAAUUGAAGAAGAGGAGUGA